UGGCUACGAACCUGCUGUCCCGCGCGCUCCCGGAAACACUCGCCGUAUUGAGACACUGAACGUCGAAAGGACGUAUUGAAUAGCUGUGAAGCGAAUUAAAUAACGUUAAACAGACAUGAGUACCGAAGCAGAUCAUCGACGACGAAAACCUGGCUCGAUAACUAAUAACACGACCAACGUGAACAGAGAGGGCCCGACCUCGCAGAUCCCCGGCCUGUCGAACAGCGCCGACGCCGCGCCGCUGGAGAGGACCCGCGGCCGGCGCGUCGGCAUCUUCGAGACCGACUCCGACUAUGUCAAACUCGCCAAGCAAGGGGGGCAGAAAGGUUUAUUGUGGCAUGAAGAGACCAAUGUAGAAACCAAACCCAAUGCACAAUAUAAGCCACCCGACUGGUUCUCUCUCACCGAAUCCCAGGAAAAGUGCCCUACUAAAAGAACAACCCCUGAUAACAUGACUUCUGAAGAACAGGAAAGCCCGUCUAAGGGGUCCGCAGUGUGGCCAAACGCUCCUUUCGGGAGUGAUAAUAAGUCUACUUGGGAGCGGGAAGCUGAUAGCUUAACUUCUGGUAAAGAGAAGAAGACAAAAGCCAACCAUGUGGCCAACCAAAUGCAGAAGAUGUCUUUGUCCUCAGGAAAUCAGGAGGCAAGCAAGUACAAGAGAACGUCCUAUGAGAAGAAGCCAGCCCCUGUCAGCAUGUCGAAGUUGCUGAGCUUUGGCUAUGCAGAGGACGAAAAGAAGUCUCCCGAUGAUGACGAAUCAAGUGUAACGUCUGAGCCGGCGAGCUCCAUCUGUCCUGAAGAUGAGCUGGAGUAGAGAGGACGGCAGGCUGAGCUGCCCCUCGCCACGCGCUUGCUCUCCCGCGGCAGUGUAUUCAUUCCUCCUCCACCCGGAGUCCCUCCGAGGGUUUUUACAUUCGCGUUCACUCAGUUAUUUAUGUAAAUUUGCUGCGUUUUAUUAGUGUUUGAUGUAUAUUUUUUACAUAUUCUCAUCGUCAAGUACGGACACUCAUGAGUGCUUUUGUAUUUGUAUGAAUAUUCUCAGAUGUAUUUUUAGACAUAGCCUGGCUGUCAUGUAUGAGUCACCACACCACAUAAUAACAUUUUUUUUUUCCACCAAAACUGGCUUAAAUGAACAACACAAGGGCUUGUUCUCAACCUGUUGCUUGUGCACCGAAUCUUGGAAAGCAAAGUUGCACCUCCUGCGUUUAGCUGUGGGAUGUUAAAAUGAGAUCAAACCUGAUGAAGCCGCCUGCUGGCGCCCGGGAGGUUUCCCUUCAUGCACUGCGAAAGAACACAAGGCCUGACUGUUUAAAAUAGAGCUGAAAUGAGAUGCAAAACAACUCACGCUUUUUUCAACCUGAAGCCAGUUCCACACUCAGUCUGCAGAGCUGUACAGCCUAUUGGUGCAUGAUGGUGAAUUUAGUGUUUUGUGAUAUUUCAGGAACAACGUUUGUCUGAUUGUCCAUUUUAGUUCCAUUCCAUUAGUGUGACUGUUAAUGACUUGUUCCCUCGUCAUUUUGAUAUUGUUUGGUAUAAAAAUUUAUUGACUGGGGACGCUUUUUGUAAAAAGCGUUCUUAGGAAAAAAAUAUACAUGGCACUGCAUUCUGUAUGGUCUUCCUU